CGAGCGGGGCGGCGCGCGGCGCGCGGCGCGGCGCGGCGGCGGCGCUCGGGGUGGGGCCGCGGGAUGCUCGGCGGCGCGGGGCACCAUGGGAGAAUCCGCGGGCCGCCCGGCAUGGCGGCGGCGGCGGCUGGCGGCUGAGGGGCGGCGGGGGGCGGCCAUGGUGUCGCCGGCGGCGCGGCUGGUGGGGCAGGGCGUGUGGGCGGCGCUGACCGGGGGCUGGUACCACGACCCGGAGCAGGGCGCCUUCACCAACAGCUGCCACCUCUACCUAUGGCUCUUCCUGCUGACGCUGCCGCUGGCCCUGCACCUGGCUUUCCCACCAAAUACCAUCACAGUUUUUGUAUACUGCAGCUCAGUGACAGUGUUCUUCACAAUAAUAAAGGUGAUCAGUUACCGUCUGCAUCUUAUGUUUGAUAAAGGUGAAGUAAUUCAGCAAAAGAUCUCAAGAAAAAAUGGAAGGCAAUGUAAAGAUACAGAAGUCCCGAAAGGAAACACAGUUCAGCCCUCAAAUUGUAGCAAUAAUAUGGGAGAUAAUGAUGUAAUUGGUGAGAUCAACCAAAAUGACUCUACUCCAACAAGUGACAGCAGUUCAAGAGUACAGGCUGUCCACUCACAGAACUCAUCUGGAGUGAUGGAGCUGCCAACACGUGAAACUAUUGAAGAUCUCAAAGGGGUUACAGUAUUAGAAGAGCAGGCUGCACUACCAAUUUCAUCUACCUCACCCUGUAUCAAAGCAGAUAUAUUACCUGUUUCUACAGCCUCUGCUUCAGGUUCCACCACAUCAGCAAUAGUGGCAAAACCAGCUGCUAUGGAAACACGUUCUGGUAAUGGAAUAAAUGAAAAAGAAGAGAAGGGACAGUCAUCCGGACAGCAUGGAUCACAAGAUAUUCUUGUGGACAGCGAUGUAGUUAAAAUUUUCUCCAAUGUUUCUCCAUCACAGGGUGACAUUUUGAGGACUGGAGUUUCUUUGGAGCCAUGGGACAGUGAAAAUUCGGUUAUUUCAGACCACUUGAGUAAUCCAAGAAGUUACAAAAGAGAGAAAUUGCCAGAUGGAUCACCCCAGGCAAGCUUUACAAGUAGCUGCCCACAUUGCAAUGCCAUUGCAACCAAAGACCCUGACCAUGCGGAAAGUGUAUGUAACGCUGAUAAUACCAAUGAGGACCUGAACUGCUCAGACAGUGAGACUGCUCUUGCUGUUGUUGACAACUCUCUUUCUGGAGACCAACUAUGUGAGCCCAUUAAAAUUAUUAUCACAAUGAGUAGUACACCAAACACUCUCAGUGACCUAGCAGGCUCUGUCCAUCUAAGGGCUCUGGAUACUGAGAGAUCAAGCUCAGCCCUGAGCUCCAGCAUAGUUACAGCGGAUCACCAGAGUCAGCAAACUAACGAACAGCUCAGAAUCCCUGUUAUAACUUUUGAUUUGUCUGAUGAUAGUAAAGGUAAGACUUGUCCAGAAGUCAGUGGAAGUGAAAGAACUCCAGAAGUUUUAAAGGCAGAUCUCUCAUCCAACCAGUGUUCUGGCUAUGAAUCUGGUGAUCCAGACAAUGCAGUAAAGGAGCACAGCAAUCCAGCAAAUACUCCUUUAGAAACUAACACCCAUUCAGAUGUAAAUGAGGAGAAUGCUUCUGAAAAUGUACGGGUCAUCGCUUUCAAUUCUAAAGAGGAUCAACAGAACCUAGAUCCACAGUCCUGCAGAACUGUGCAUGAGAAGAGGCACAUUCGGGUGCUAAGUGUAGACAGUGGGACAGAUGUACUUUUAAGUAAGAAUUUCAUAGAUGUGACUGACAAAGAAAAGACCUUACCAACUUCUAAAUCUGAUCUGGAAGCUAAAGAAGGGCAGAUGCCCAAUGAAUCUAACUUUCUAGAGUUUGUCUCUCUCCUGGAGUCCAUUAAUACCUCAAAAAUGAAGGCAUCCAAUCAAUCCACUGUCAAAACAGAGAAUACAAAAGAAAAUGGGCCUGUUGGAGAUAGCCAGAUGGUAGAGAGAAAAGAAGAAAUGGUGGGAACAGAAAAACACUGUGAGCAACUUCCUAAACAGGAAAGAUCAGAUGUACAAAGCCAAGAUCGUGCUAGUACUAGUCCGGUGCUACCAGAGCCUGCCAAAUUUGCAGCACUUUACCAGGGCAACAGGCAAAGGCAGAUUAUCUACCGGGUAACUUCUCAGCAAGAUAGUUCUGUCUUGCAAGUAAUAAGUGGACCUGAGGCGUCUGUACAAGAUGAGCUAUCCGUGGAUGCAAUGCAUGUGUUCAUAGAUGAAAACGGGGAAAUUAGAUCCUGUUAUUUAAAGGCUGGCUGUCAGAAGGAAGGAAAUAUUCGACAUCAGCUAUCAAAUUGUGGUUGCGUUUCGAAUGCUCAUGAAAUACAGUUCAGUUCUUCUAGUACUACCACUUCAGAGAGCCAAGAACCAUCUUCUGGUGAUCAAGCAGCAAGCGCGCUUCAGCAGCAGCUCUUACUGAUGGUGGCACGAAGGACCCUUUCAGAAAACCCACGGCAACCCAGUCAGGACCUUGAGGAUUCUUCAUGUUCUUCAGCACAACGGAAAUUGAACAGGCAGUUUUACAAAUUUAUUGUAUUUCCUGGCAAAUGGAUUAAAGUCUGGUAUGAUCGGCUUACCUUGUUGGCGUUGCUGGACCGGACAGAGAAUAUAAAGGAGAAUGUAUUGGCUGUUUUUCUAGUAGUUCUUGUUUCAUUUCUUGGAUUCCUGACUCUGAAUCAAGGCUUUUGUAAAGACAUUUGGGUUCUGCUGUUUUGUCUCGUCAUGGCUAGUUGCCAGUAUUCCCUCCUAAAGAGUGUUCAGCCUGAUCCUGCUUCACCAAUACACGGGCACAAUAAAAUCAUAACGUACAGCAGACCUGUAUAUUUUUGUAUAUUGUGUGGCCUUAUUUUGCUGCUAGAUGCUGGAUCUAAAGACUCAAACCCUUCAGCUUAUACAAUGUAUGGCUUGAACCUCUUUUCACCUGGAUCUCUCCAGUCAGCCAGAGACCAUGUAAUAGCUGCUGCUGGGUUCAUAUCUGCACUAUACAGCAUUUCUCGAAGCUUUGCAGUUUUGAUCGUCUUAUAUGCCUUCUGCUUCAGUGCAGUGAAGGAACCCUGGGAUGCACAGCACAUUCCAGCGCUGUUCUCUGCUUUCUGUGGCCUGCUAGUUGCACUUUCUUAUCAUCUCAGCAGACAAAGCAGCGACCCAUCAGUACUGAUGUCUCUUAUUCAAUGCAAAUUUGUCCCUCACUUUCUACGUCAACAUUUUGAAGAUUCAUCAGCAGAUCCACUCCCAGAAAAGAUGAGAGAAUCAGUGGCAGGGAUCUAUCUGAUGUCUUACAAUAACACAGUUAUCACAUGGUUCAGUCAUUCUUGGUCCCUUGAACUGCUGGAGCUGAACAUGCAGAAGUGCAGGAAAGAGCGCUGCGGGACUGGCCAGACGCAGAAAGAUAUCUUGAAAUCGGAUCUCAUUGUUUGCACAGUUGCUGCUGUUCUGUCAUUUGCAGUCAGUGCUAGCACAGUAUUUCUGUCAUUAAGGCCAUUUCUCAGCAUUGUCCUGUUUGCUUUAGCAUGGACUGUGGGAUUCGUAACACAUUACAUACUUCCUCAGCUUCGCAAGCACCACCCCUGGAUGUGGAUCUCCCACCCCAUACUGAAAAGCAAAGAGUAUCGGCAGCGGGAAGUGAGAGAUGCUGCUCAUUUGAUGUGGUUUGAAAGGCUCUAUGUGUGGCUUCAGUGCUUUGAGAAAUACAUCUUGUAUCCAGCUAUUAUACUGAAUGCCCUCACUAUUGAUGCUUUCUCAAUUAGUAAAUACAAGAAGCUCGGUACACAUUGUGAUAUUAUCCUGAUAACAGUUGCUGGGAUGAAACUUCUCCGCUCCUCAUUCUGUAAUCCUAUUAAUCAGUUUGUUACUUUGAGCUUUACUGUAAUCUUCUUCCGAUUUGACUGCAAAGACAUUUCAGAAAACUUCUUGAUGGAUUUCUUCAUGAUGUCCAUUGUGUUUCACAAGCUGUGGGACCUACUGCAAAAGUUACAGUUCAUCAUGACAUAUAUUGCUCCCUGGCAGAUUGCCUGGGGGUCAUCGUUCCAUGUUUUUGCUCAGCUCUUUGCAAUACCUCACUCUGCUAUGCUUUUUUUUCAAACUCUGGCCACUUCAGUCUUUUCUACUCCACUGAGUCCAUUUCUUGGUAGUGUCAUCUUUAUCGCAUCAUACGCAAGACCAGUCAAGUUCUGGGAGAAAGACUACAACACCAAAAGGUCGGACCAUUCCAACACAAGACUGGCAAUUCAGAUCGAAAAGGAUGCAGGAAAUGAUGACAAUAAUCUCAACUCCAUUUUUUAUGAGCAUUUGACAAGAUCUCUGCAGGAGUCUCUUUGUGGAGAUUUGAUACUGGGCCGCUGGGGAAACUACAACACAGGAGACUGUUUUAUUCUGACAUCGGAUUAUUUAAAUGCUUUUGUGCACUUGAUCGAAAUUGGAAAUGGCCUUGUCACCUUUCAGCUCAGAGGGCUGGAAUUUCGAGGGACAUAUUGCCAGCAGAGAGAAGUGGAAGCUAUAACAGAAGGAGAUGAAGACAAUGAAGGCUGCUGCUGUUGUAAGCCUGGACACUUGCCUCACUUGUUAUCAUGUAAUGCAGCCUUUAACCUCCGAUGGCUGACAUGGGAAAUAACACGAACCCAGUACAUCCUGGAAGGAUAUAGCAUCAUUGAUAACAAUGCUGCAACAAUGCUGCAAGUGUUUGAUCUGCGGAGAAUACUUAUAAGAUACUAUAUAAAGAGUAUAAUAUACUUUACAGCAAGUUCUCCCAAAAUCCUUCACUGGAUAAAAGAUGAAUCCAUUCAAAAGAUACUGCAGCCUUAUGCAAAAUGGCAUUAUAUUGAACGUGACCUCGCAAUGUUUAAUAUUAACAUAGAUGAAGAUUAUGUUCCAUGUCUCCAAGGAAUAACAAGAGCUAGUUUCUGCAGUGUUUAUUUGGACUGGAUUCAAUACUGUGCUGCAAAAAGGGCAGAGCACCUGGACAGUGAUGAGGAUUCUCCUCUAGUAACGCUUUCCUUUGCCUUGUGUAUCCUGGGUCGAAGAGCUUUGGGAACUGCAGCUCAUAAUAUGGCCAUCAGUUUAGAUUCUUUUCUUUAUGGCCUCCAUGCACUGUUCAAAGGAGACUUUCGAAUAACAGCCAAAGAUGAGUGGGUCUUUGCAGACAUGGAUCUACUGCAUAAGGUUGUUGCCCCAGCAAUCAGAAUGUCUCUGAAGCUGCAUCAGGACCAGUUCACCUGCCCAGAUGAAUAUGAAGACCCAGCAGUUUUAUAUGAAGCAAUCCAAUCUUUUGAGGAGAAGGUUGUGAUUUGUCAUGAAGGGGACCCAGCCUGGCGCAGUGCUGUACUCUCCAACAGAGAAGAGUUGCUAACCCUGAGACAUGUGGUAGAUGAAGGAGCAGAUGAAUAUAAAGUUAUCAUGCUCCACAAAAGCUACUUGAGCUUCAAGGUUAUCAAGGUGAACAAGGAAUGUGUCAGAGGGCUUUGGGCCGGGCAGCAGCAGGAACUGAUUUUCUUACGCAAUCGUAACCCAGAAAGAGGAAGCAUCCAGAAUAAUAAACAGGUCUUGCGGAACUUAAUUAAUUCUUCAUGUGAUCAGCCACUGGGAUAUCCAAUGUACGUUUCCCCUUUAACCACCUCGUACCUUGGGACACACAGCCAACUGAGGAACAUUUGGGGGGGACCUGUCAGUUUGGACAACAUUAAAAAGUGGUUCAGAUCCAAAUGGUUAAGAAUGCGGAAGGACUGUCACGCAGCUCAUCACGACAGAGGUAACGCUGAAGAGGUGGAUAGCAGAGGGGGGUCUUCGUCUGGCAGCAAUUCCACAGGUAAUUCGAGCCAGAGCAAUAGCUCGCAGCACACCAGAAACAGCACACCUCAGCUGCAGGCUGCAUCACAGGAGGUCCACCAGCACGCAGGCAGGAGAAAACUCAGGAGUCAGUCUGUCCAGGCACACACUGCUUUAAACCAAAGGCCCCCUGUUUCAAGUCCCUCCGGACCAAUUGUAGAAAGCUGCCAGCCUUUCAUCCAAACAUCUACAUCUGCCCACGAAAUUGCCCAAAGGCUUUCUAGUAGUCAGCUGUCACUCCACAACUCGGCAACAUCUGUGUUUUCUCAGUCCCCUGCUGUUCCUGUAGCUGGCCAGCUGACUGUGCAGGACCAAGCUGCAGCAAUGCUUAGGUCCAGCCUGGCCUCUUCCACCAGCUCAACUCUCAGCCUGCUGUUUGGCAAGAGAAGUUUUUCAAGCGCGUUGGUGAUUUCUGGGCUCUCAGCUGCAGACGGUGGUAACAGCAGUGACACUCAGUCAUCCAGCAGUAUGAAUAUUGCCAUGGGUCCAUCUGCCAGAGCAGCGAGUCAAGCAGCUCGGCAACUUACUGAGACCUGCGAAGCAACCGAUACUACAGACUCCAGACCCCAAAGAGAUGCAGGCCCUGCCUGUGCCAUAUUCAUGAGUCGGAACCUGGAGUGCAGAAGGGCCAGCCAAGAAGAUAUGGCCCUGGAAGACACAGCAUCUCAACAAAGCCUGUCUGAAGAGCAAUAAGGACUAUUCGUAGAGCAAGGGCCACGUGCUUCUUAAAAUUAAAGACAGUUAGGUCAAGGAGCUGCAGGUGGGUUUAAGUUCUUUCAAAUGUAACAAGCAACCUCCAAAUCUUUAUUUUUCUAACUUGUAAGCAAGAAUACUAGAUGUUCUCUAGCUAAAGGCCUUGGCACAGGUGGGGUUGGAAGAUGUCCUAACAAAACCAGUGCCACUUCAUCUCAGGUCCUUGUAAAUCCUAGAACAAUGAAUACAAUUUAUUUGACAUUCCUUCCCCUGCAGAGGUGUUGACACACUUGUGGUGGAACUUAGAAAAAAAGCUUAAAAAAUAACAGUUGGAAUCAAGAAUGAAUGCAAUGGGAAAUACUAAUACAACUCAGUGAAAAGCACAUAAGAUCUCUUCCUUGCCAUAAUUAAACUGCUGACUGCAUGUGAAAUAAAUGGCAUUUGAUAUAUAAUGUAUAACAAACAGCAACUUUGAACAGAAGCAAUGAAUACAUGAAAGGACAGUACAAUCUGUACUGUAACAACACAGUUAAAUCUUGUUUUUUCUUCAAAAGCAAAUCUUUUUUUAUUUUUCUUUAACAUGUUAUGCAGGUGAUAAUUAUGAACAGCAACUUAGCAUCACAGAUUGAUAUACUGCAUGCAGCCAUAUUGAAAUACUGUGUAACACAACCACGCUAUAGAGAUUAACAAAAGUCAAGUUUGAGAAAAGAAAGUAGCCAGUGCAUGGAAAGCCUUGGCAAAGCAUAUGGUGCCCCUUAUUUGCAAAGAAAGCAGCUUUGCAGAAACAGCUGCUCUUACAUAUAAUCUCACACUCCUGUUUAGUUUACAGCAGUGUUUCUCAAAUUCCAGGCGGUAGCCCCUUUGGGAGCUGCAAGAGGGCCCAAGGGAAUACUCAAGGACACAAAAGUGUAAAGCAGGCUAUAAUUAUUGUCUGCAAGUGUUUGCAUUGGGAAGGGAAUGGCUAACUGCCUUUAAUUGUGGGACACAGCUCAGUGUCCAUAAACACUUAUAGCCAGUAAUUACAGAGCAUUCUGAUUUCCCUCCCCCAGAGGGACUGAGCUGCUGCCAGUUUAAUAGUUGCAUGAAGACAGAUGUAGCAAAGAGGAAGGUCACACUUUCACAAAGUUUGAGAAACACUGAUUUACAGGAAUGCAUGACUAUUUUGGAGGGCAAAAGGCUACAGCAAAUCCUUACUGUACUACAAUGUAUACAUGCACACACACAUUCACGUGCAUUCUCCUCAUUCUUUUUUUUAAUUAAAAAAUUUGCAGCUAUCAGUGUCUUGCUGUUCCUCUUUACUGUAACUACCAUACAUUGUUACAAAUUCUCAUCAGGACGAUCUGCAGCCAGGCUGUCUUGUCCCAAUUAACGAUAAAGAUUUAACAAGAGAUGCUGUAGCUAAGUCUCAUUACGUUUAGACAAGGCACUGUUGCAUUCUGAGCUUCCUACUGUGCCACACUUAAUACCAUAAGUAGUAGAACUAAAUAACAUCUAGUGAAAAUAAAGUGAUCCAAGUA